AUGGCGGUGACAGACUUAUUUGCCGGCGAGGUAGCCACUGAGCUUGUAAAAAUGCUUUAUAAAAUCUCCAGCAAAUCAUUGCUCUGCAAGAGCAGUGCAGACGACCUCAUAUCAAGCAUAGAGGAGCUCCUUCCCAUAAUUCAAGAAAUCAAGUACUCUGGCGUGGAGCUACCCGCUCUGCGCCAGUCCCAGCUUAACCGCCUUUGGGAGACUCUCAGUGAAGGCAGAGAGCUUGCCCAGAAGGUUCUGAAAUCAGGCCGAUGGAACGUCUAUAAAAAUUUGCAGUUAGCAAGGAAGAUGGAGAAGCUGGAGAAAAAUGUUUCGAGGUUCGUCAACGGUCCUAUGCAGGCGCACAUCCUGGCUGACGUGCACCAUUUGAGGUUCGACACGGUGGAGCGAUUCGAUAAUUUGGAUGGGUCUGCGAGGCGGAUUGAGCAGAGGCUGGCGUCGAUGAAGAUUGGGGUGGGGGACGGAGGGUGGGUGGAGGAGGAGGUGAAGAGGGUUGAGAUGGAGGAGGAAAGGUGGGAUGGGUGUGGUUGGGGAAAUUUGGGGGUGGGUUUGGAUUUGGGGAGGAGGAAAGUGAAGGAGUUGUUGAUUGGGAAAGAGAGUUUGGGGGUUGUGGGAAUUUGUGGGAUAGGAGGGUCUGGUAAGACCACUCUGGCUACUGAGGUUUGCAGGGACGAUGAAGUCAAAUCAUACUUCAACAACAGGAUCUUAUUCCUGACUGUAUCACAGUCACCGAAUCUGGGGCAGAUGAAGGGAAGGAUUUGGAGUUUUGUAUCUGGAACUGAUGCCUGGGGUUCUAAUGUUGUUGUUCCACAAUGGAAGUUACAAUAUGAAUGUGAAACUGGACCACGAAUGCUGGUUGUUUUAGAUGAUGUAUGGUCACUCUCGGUGCUUGAGGAACUAAUUUUUAAAAUACCCGGUUGCAAAACGCUUGUGGUUUCACGAUUCAAAUUUCCAGAAGUUUUUAAUGCUACUUUUGAAGUACAAUUGCUGAGGGAAGAAGAAGCCCUCUCUCUCUUUUGCCAUUCAGCUUUUGGACAAAUGUCCAUACCCCCCACAGCUGAUGCAAAUUUGGUCAAGCAGGUUGUGACUGAGUGUAAAGGCCUUCCAUUGGCUCUUAAAGUGAUUGGAGCAUCACUGAGGAACCAACCUGAAAUGUAUUGGGCAAGUGCAAAGAAGAAAUUAUCAAGAGGAGAACCCAUUUGUGAGUCGCAUGAAAAUAAGUUGCUCAAUCGAAUGGCAAUAAGCAUGGAUUAUUUGCCUAAAAAGGUUAGGGAGUGCUUCCUGGAUUUGGGAUCCUUCCCAGAAGACAAGAAGAUCCCUCUUGAUGUUCUUAUCAAUAUGUGGGUUGAGAUUCAUGACAUUGACGAGGAAGAGGCUUUUGCCAUUCUUGUUGAGCUUUCACAUAAGAAUCUUCUCACUCUGGUAAAAGAUCCCCGCGUUGGAGACGUCUAUUCCAGCUACUUUGAGAUCUUUGUUACUCAACAUGAUGUGUUGAGAGACCUUGCUCUUCAUUUGAGCAUUUGUGAAAGCAUAAAUGAUCGAAAGAGAUUACUUAUGCCCAAACGAGACAUGGGGAUUCCGAAAGAAUGGGAGAGGAAUGCAGAUCAGCCUUUCAAAGCUCAAAUUGUUUCAAUUCAUACAAGUGAAAUGAACGAAAUGGACUGGUGCCGGAUGGAGUUCCCUAAGGCUGAAGUGCUCAUCCUUAACUUUUCCUCGAAGGAAUACUUUUUGCCGCCUUUCAUCUAUGACAUGCCGAAGCUCAAGGCACUUAUAGUAAUAAAUUACAGCACAUUUAGUGCAACCCUCCACAAUUUUUCUGUUUUCUCUGAUCUGGCGAAUCUGAAGAGCCUUUGGCUUGAGAGAGUCUCAGUUUCUAAAUUAUCCGAGGACACUACUCCCCUUAAGAAUUUGCGAAAGUUGUCUCUAGUCCUAUGCAAGAUCAAUAACAGCCUCGAUCCAUCUGUCAUAGACCUGCCUCGUAUCUUCCCUUCCCUCGCCGAGCUUUCAAUCGAUCAUUCUGAUGAUUUAAUCCAGCUUCCGUCAAGCAUUUGUAGGAUGGAAAGGCUUCGGUGUCUUAGCAUCACCAACUGCCACAAUUUGAAGGAACUGCCUAGUGAUUUAGGCAGGCUGAAACGCCUAAAUAUACUGAGACUAUAUGCAUGCCCCAAUCUAGAAACGCUUCCUUCUAGCAUCGAUGAGUUGGUUUUGUUGAAGUACCUGGACAUUUCUCAAUGUGUAAACUUGAAAUGCCUUCCGGAAGGGAUUGGUAGAUUAGCCAGAUUAGAGAAGAUCGACAUGAGAGAGUGCCCGCAGAUUUGGGAUCUACCAGACUCAGCCGCAUAUUUACAGUCUGUGCGACGGGUAAUUUGUGACGAAGAGAUAUAUUGGGAGUGGCAGGAUAUAAAGAAGGCAAUGCCUGAUCUUCACGUACAGGUUGCCGAGAAAUGCUUUAGUUUAGAGUGGCUUAAUGAAUGAUCACAUUACUGUUAAAUGCUUAGCUACUCAUGUAGCUGAAAAAUCCAAUGUUUUUUUUUCCCUGGAUUGAAGUAUCAUUAAGUGAUAAUUCUCAAGUGAGAAACAAAACCGUGUGUGCGGUCGGAUGUAUUUUAGGGAAAUAGAAUAAUUCAAAACGGAUAAUGAUGUGUAUGGUUUAUGAGAUUGUGAAUUUAUAAUAAUAAUCUCUAAAGUAGUAAGGUCCA